GAGAAGGCACUAGACAAUAGAGGCAGAGGCAGAGGCAGAGACAGAGAGAGGCGGCGCCGCGGCGGCAACGGCGGCAGCAGAACCGGCGGUGGUGGCGGCCAUGGAUUUCCGCGCCCUCCCGCGCCGCGAGCUCCAGGCGCUGUGCAAGCGCAACGCCGUCCGCGCCAACAUGUCCAACGCGGCCAUGGCGGACGCGCUCAUGGCCCUCCCGUCGGUGGACGGGCUCUACGAGAUCGGGAGGAGGGCGCCGCCGCCGGCGAUGAAAUCGGCGGAUGAAGUGAUAAUCGAGGAGGAGAAGACAGACGGGGACCCGCCCCCCCCGCGGCGGCCGUGCGCGGUCCAAGGUAAGGACGGCCGCGGCGGAUAAGAUGGACCAGGAUGUGCGAGACCAAGUCACCUUGCAGCAGGGAAGCCACGGGGCGGCGGCACGGGAGGUCGUGCCUGUGGAGGUGGAAGAGCAGGGGCACCGGUGCCCUCUUCCCCGCGGUGGCCGUGCGCGGGUGAACACAAGGAUGGCCGCGCUGCAUAAGGAGGAGGCGACGGUUCUGGCCCCCGACACCUUGCAAGGGAGCCAGAGGACGGGGGUAGUGGAGAGCAUGGCACUUGUGGAGACGGAAGACGUAGCGACAGGAAAGAGGAGAACGAGGAGGUCUGCGAGAUCGAAGAUGAAGAUGGCUUUGGAUCAGAAGGGGGCUGAGGAGGCCGCGGUAUUGGAGGAGCCUAAAGCUUAUUCUUCUGAUGUUGCCAUUGGGUCUGCAAUAGUUUCAGAAAAGGACUGUGAUGAUCCUAAAACGCAUAAUAUGGUCGUGGUGGUUUUGGAAGAUUUCAUAAAAUGUCAGAAUGUGACAAAGACGCAUGUAGUGCAUGAGAUGGAGGAGGUGCCAGCCCCAGCCCUCCUGCUGCGGAACCAGAGGACAGCAGUGCCUGUUGAGGCAGAAGAGGUGGGUGUAGCAAAGAAAGGGAUGAGAAGGUCCACAAGAUCUAAGGUGGCGGCGGCAGCGCUGAAGGGGCAGAAAGAUCAUUCUUCUGAAGUGGCCAUUGGGUCUGCAGAUAAAAGUUGUGAUUGUCCUAAAGAGGAUGAAGUGGUUGCUGUGGUGGAGGAACAGGCCACAAAGCCACUUGAAGGUGGGAAUGAGACAAGGAGGACCGUAGCAUAUAAAACGGAUAUGCUGGCCACAGCCACCUUGCAGCGAGGCCAGAGGACAUCAGCACCAGAGGCCGUGGUGCCUGUAGAGGCGGAAGAGGUGGCUACAACAAAGAGGAGACGAGCAAAAUCUAAAGUGGCUAGGGCAGCCCUGUAUAGAAAGAAAGAUGAUUCUUCUGAUGCAGUGCUCAUUGGGUCUCCGGUAUUAGUCUCAGAUCAGACCUGUGAUGACUCUAAGGAAGAGAAACUUGUUGCAGUGAUGGAGAAACAGGUCACAAAGCCCAAGGAAGUAAUUGUAGAAGAACUGGAGCAAAGGAGUACUGUUCACAAGUCUGCUUCCAUGGUAAAAGUGGAGGAUCCACCAAACCUAAGCAUCUUGCCUAAGGUGGAAGCCACAGAUAUUCCUGAUAAGACAGUGCGUGCUGAGACCAUCAAGGAAGAUGCUUCCACUGUCACUUGUGAGGUCGACCAGUCUAAUCUUCUUGUCAAUACACUUAGCAGAUUUGCAAAGCCUAUGCAUAAGUUCACCGUCAAGGCGGAGAAGAAAGAGGGUGAGUGUUGGUGGAUGCUUAUGUAAUUUACAAGCAGAAGCAGCUGUAGGACACCAGGGCCAGUCAAUAGCUGCCAACAACCAUCAAAUGAUAUAAUCCAGUAAUGGAGUGCAUGAAAAUAUCUAUAAUCAGGAUUAGAAGAGAUGGAUCAAGAUUUCCAAUGCUUUUGGAUUCCUCCUAGAAAAUCUGGAACUUCAACUAGUAUAUAGCCCUUGUUGAUUUACAACUGAAAUGAGUAAGUUUCAGGCAAAAGCUAAUAUGGCCUUUCACAUGCCCAUAAUCAAAUAGCAUGAAUAAUGGUCUGAUUAUAGAUGACAUAAGUCAAAUAAAGGGAAUCAAACAGGCCUGAAACUAUUAACAAAUAGUUUAUACUGAAGCAUGAAACAGAAAUGUAUUUUUUUUUUCUUCUGAAGCCUAUUUUUUUUGGUUGGACAAGCAUGCACAUGUAAUGAUGUAAAUGACUUCCCAAUCAUGAGGUCUGCCAUUGUUUUGAAUGAAAUGACAAAUUGUCUUGUCAAUAGAAAAGCGAAUUUCUUUA